UAUUCUCUAGAUACCAACCAGUCACAAAUUGUGAUUCCCAUCCUCUGCUGAGCACCGGCCUCUAUAAAUUCGAGAUAAAUCGUCAGCCUAGUUUGUCGGAUCAUUCAUCGAAGGAAACUCUGCAACUUUGUAUUGAUCUUCAAUGGCGACCUCUGAGAAACAAACGAUGUUGGUAGGAAUCGACGAUAGCGAGCACAGCUUUUAUGCACUGGAGUGGACUCUGGAUCACUUCUUCACAAAUUUCCCUACAGAUCCUCCUUUUAAGCUCAUCGUUGUUCACGCUAAACCUCUUCCUUCUGCUAUUGUCGGCCUCGCUGGAGCUGGAGCUGCCGAGGUCUUGCCAUACGUGGAGUCCGAUUUGAAGAGAAUCGCUGCCAGGGUAUUGGAAAAGGCUAAGGAACUAUGCAUCAGCAAACAGGUGAGUGGGGUAGUAUUAGAAUCUAUAGAAGGAGAUCCUAGGAAUGUGCUGUGUGAGGCUGUAGAAAAACACCAUGCCUCUAUUCUGGUUGUGGGUAGUCAUGGCUAUGGAGCUAUCAAAAGGGCUGUUCUUGGCAGCGUAAGUGAUUACUUGGCUCAUCAUGCUCACUGCACUGUGACGAUUGUGAAGAAGCCUAAAAUCAAACGCUAAGAUACUUCACCAGCAGCUAAAUUAGCGAACCCAGAAGACGGUUGCCCAUUUAGUGCUUGAAUAAGUAUGUAACCUUCAAAAUUGAUUCUAUAUGAAGUGUGUUGUUUGAAUGAUUUAUUUUGCCAUCGCUUUUGCAAUAUGGUCUGUAAUAUAAAAUAAAAAUUUAACUCAUCUUAGUAAAAAACUAUGAAAUGUUUGGUUAAAGUUAACAAGCCAAACAAUAUAUACAAAUAUUACCUCUGCAGUUCCAGAGUUGAAUGUUCA